UUUGUAUUAAAAUAAUAAUUUCAAUUAUUAGUUCAUCAAUGAAAAUAAAAAAUCUGAAGUAUAUCCAAUUACCGACCAAUUAAUUAAUAUGCGAUUUAAAUUUAUGUCUUACAAAGUUGAUCUGAAUAGGUUGCAGGCUUGCAGCUACCUCAAAGCUCACAGACCAUCACACCGAUUUUUCCCGGGCAAAAAUGCCGAUCUGCAAUCCGUCGUCGUCCUCUUCGUCAUCAUCUUCCAGCUCUAGCUACACGAAAGCCGCGAUCAUUCACAGCGUGGCGGUCGGGGCCGCCGCCGUGCUUGUGCUCGGUGCCCAUGCCUACUUUUUCUAUCGCCGAUCCGCCAAGUUCCGGAGCCGAGUCGUCGGAAUUAUACCCGCGCGCUAUGCUUCCUCUCGCUUCCAGGGCAAGCCGCUGGUGCAAAUCCUCGGCAAGCCCAUGAUCCAGAGAACAUGGGAAAGAGCAAAAAUGGCAGCCACAUUAGACCACGUUGUCGUGGCAACUGACGAUGAUAAGAUUGCCGAGUGCUGUAGAGGAUUCGGUGCUGAUGUUGUAAUGACAUCGGAAUCGUGUCAAAAUGGCACCGAGAGGUGUAAUGAAGCACUUCAGAAACUUGGUAAGAAAUAUGAUGUUGUUGUCAAUAUUCAGGGGGAUGAGCCGCUUAUAGACCCUGAUAUCAUCGAUGGCAUUGUCAAGGCUCUCCAGGCUGCUCCAGAUGCAGUGUUUAGCACAGCAGUUACUUCCCUAAAACCGGAAGAUGCUUUUGAUCCGAAUCGUGUCAAAUGUGUGGUGGAUAACCAUGGCUAUGCGAUUUAUUUUUCGAGAGGACUUAUACCAUUUAACAAGUCUGGAAAAGUGAACCCUCAAUUUCCAUAUUUACUUCAUCUGGGAAUUCAGAGCUUUGACACGAAGUUUCUCAAGAUAUACCCUGAGCUUCCGUCAACUCCACUACAGCUAGAAGAAGAUUUGGAACAGCUGAAGGUCCUUGAAAAUGGAUACAAAAUGAAGGUUAUAAAAGUCGAUCAUGAAGCCCACGGUGUUGAUGUUCCAGAAGACGUAGAUAAAAUCGAGCAGUACAUGCGCGAAAAGAACCUGCGUUAGUGCCACAAUUUCUUGCGGCCCUUACAAUAGGAUUCUGUUCAAAUGUUCUAGUUCAAAUACAAACUCAGGUUCUUUUUCAGUUAUGUACAUUUUGCCUGUAAUUUAUUCCUAUACUUGUUUAACACCAAUCUGUUUGUUCUGAGGCAGUACUUGAAAAACUAUUUUGAGCACACUUGUGUGAUUGUAUGAUUGAGAAAUGGCUAGCUGGGUAUUUUGGAAUUUUAUACUUUUUUUUUUUUUUCAUAAAUUGUUGCAUGAGCGCAAUGGUUAGAUAGGUCAAAUACAUCAUACUUUUUGAAUAAA